AUGAACGGCUGCGCAGGAACGGCUGCGCAGGAACGGCUGCGCAGUAACGGCUGCGCAGGAACGGCUGCGCAGGAACGGCUGCGCAGGAACGGCUGCGCAGGAACGGCUGCGCAGGAACGGCUGCGCAGGAACGGCUGCGCAGGAACGGCUGCGCAGGAACGGCUGCGCAGGAACGGCUGCGCAGGAACGGCUGCGCAGAAGCGGCUGCGCAGAAGCGGCUGCGCAGAAGCGGCUGCGCAGAAGCGGCUGCGCAGAAGCGGCUGCGCAGAAGCGGCUGCGCAGAAGCGGCUGCGCAGAAGCGGCUGCGCAGAAGCGGCUGCGCAGAAGCGGCUGCGCAGAAGCGGCUGCGCAGAAGCGGCUGCGCAGAAGCGGCUGCGCAGAAGAACGGCUGCGCAGGAACGGCUGCGCAGAAACGGCUGCGCAGAAACGGCUGCGCAGAAGCGGCUGCGCAGAAGCGGCUGCGCAGAAGCGGCUGCGCAGAAAUGGCUGCGCAGAAGCGGCUGCGCAGAAGCGGCUGCGCAGAAGCGGCUGCGCAGAAGCGGCUGCGCAGAAGCGGCUGCGCAGAAGCGGCUGCGCAGAAGCGGCUGCGCUGAAGCGGCUGCGCAGAAGCGGCUGCGCAGAAGCGGCUGCGCAGUAGCGGCUGCGCAGAAGCGGCUGCGCAGAAGCGGCUGCGCAGAAGCAGCUGCGCAGAAGCGGCUGCGCAGAAGCGGCUGCGCAGAAGCGGCUGCGCAGAAGCGGCUGCGCAGAAGCGGCUGCGCAGAAGCGGCUGCGCAGAAGCGGCUGCGCAGAAGCGGCUGCGCAGAAGCGGCUGCGCAGAAGCGGCUGCGCAGAAGCGGCUGCGCAGAAACGGCUAGGCAGAAACGGCUGCGCAGGAACAGCUGCGCAGGAACAGCUGCGCAGGAACAGCUGCGCAGGAACAGCUGCGCAGAAACGGCUGCGCAGAAACGGCUGCGCAGGAACGGCUGCUCAGGAACGGCUGCGCAGGAACGGCUGCGCAGGAACGGCUGCGCAGGAACGGCUGCGCAUAAACGGCUGCGCAGAAACGGCUGCGCCGAAACGGCUGCGCCGAAACGGCUGCGCCGAAACGGCUGCGCCGAAACGGCUGCGCCGAAACGGCUGCGCCGAAACGGCUGCGCAGAAACGGCUGCGCAGAAACGGCUGCGCCGAAACGGCUGCGCCGAAACAGCUGCGCCGAAACAGCUGCGCAGAAACAACUGCGCAGAAACAGCUGCGCAGAAACAGCUGCGCAGGAACAGCUGCGCAGAAACAGCUGCGCAGGAACAGCUGCGCAGAAACAGCUGCGCAGAAACAGCUGCGCAGAAACAGCUGCGCAGGAACAGCUGCGCAGAAGCAGCUGCGCAGAAGCAGCUGCGCAGAAGCAGCUGCGCAGAAGCAGCUGCGCAGAAGCAGCUGCGCAGAAGCAGCUGCGCAGAAGCAGCUGCGCAGAAGCAGCUGCGCAGAAGCAGCUGCGCAGGAACAGCUGCGCAGGAACAGCUGCGCAGAAGCAGCUGCGCAGGAACAGCUGCGCAGGAACAGCUGCGCAGGAACAGCUGUGCAGGAACAGCUGCGCAGGAACAGCUGCGCAGGAACAGCUGCGCAGGAACAGCUGCGCAGGAACUGCUGCGCAGAAACAGCUGCGCAGGAACAGCUGCGCAGGAACAGCUGCGCAGGAACAGCUGCGCAAAAACAGCUGCGCAGGAACAGCUGCGCAGGAACAGCUGCGCAGGAACAGCUGCGCAGAAACAGCUGCGCAGGAACAGCUGCGCAGAAACAGCAGCGCAGGAACAGCUGCGCAGAAACAGCUGCGCAGAAACAGCUGCGCAGAAACAGCUGCGCAGGAACAGCUGCGCAGGAACAGCUGCGCAGGAACAGCUGCGCUGGAACAGCUGCGCAGGAACAGCUGCGCAGGAACAGCUGCGCAGGAACAGCUGCGCAGAAACGGCUGCGCAAAACGGCUGCGCAGAAGCGGCUGCGCAGAAACGGCUGCGCAGAAACGGCUGCGCAGAAGCGGGUGCGCAGAAGCGGGUGCGCAGAAGCGGGUGCGCAGAAGCGGGUGCGCAGAAGCGGGUGCGCAGAGGCGGGUGCGCAGAGGCGGGUGCGCAGAAGCGGGUGCGCAGAAGCGGGUGCGCAGAAGCGGGUGCGCAGAAGCGGGUGCGCAGAAGCGGGUGCGCAGAAGCGGAAACAGCUGCGCAGAAACAGCUGCGCCGAAACAGCUGCGCCGAAACAGCUGCGCCGAAACAGCUGCGCAGAAACAGCUGCGCAGAAACAGCUAGGCAGGAACGGCUGCGCAGGAACGGCUGCGCAGGAACGGCUGCGCAGAAGCGGCUGCGCAGAAGCGGGUGCGCAGAAGCGGGUGCGCAGAAGCGGGUGCGCAGAAGCGGGUGCGCAGAAGCGGGUGCGCAGAAGCGGGUGAGCAGAAGCGGGUGCGCAGAAGCGGGUGCGCAGAAGCGGGUGCGCAGAAGCGGGUGCGCAGAAGCGGGUGCGCAGAAGCGGGUGCGCAGAAGCGGGUGCGCAGAGGCGGGUGCGCAGAGGCGGGUGCGCAGAGGCGGGUGCGCAGAAGCGGGUGCGCAGAAGCGGGUGCGCAGAAGCGGGUGCGCAGAAGCGGGUGCGCAGAAGCGGGUGCGCAGAAGCGGGUGCGCAGAAGCGGGUGCGCAGAAGCGGAAACGGCUGCGCAGAAACGGCUGCGCCGAAACGGCUGCGCCUAAACGGCUGCGCCGAAACGGCUGCGCCGAAACGGCUGCGCCGAAACGGCUGCGCAGAAACGGCUGCGCAGAAACUGCUGCACAGAAACGGCUGCGCAGGAACGGCUUCGCAGGAACGGCUGCGCAGGAACGGCUGCGCAGGAACGGCUGCGCAGGAACGGCUGCGCAGGAACGGCUUCGCAGGAACGGCUGCGCAGGAACGGCUGCGCAGGAACGGCUGCGCAGGAACGGCUGCGCAGGAACGGCUGCGCAGGAACGGCUGCGCAGGAACGGCUGCGCAGGAACGGCUGCGCAGGAACGGCUGCGCAGAAGCGGCUGCGCAGAAGCGGCUGCGCAGAAGCGGCUGCGCAGAAGCGGCUGCGCAGAAGCGGCUGCGCAGAAGCGGCUGCGCAGAAGCGGCUGCGCAGAAGCGGCUGCGCAGAAGCGGCUGCGCAGAAGCGGCUGCGCAGAAGCGGCUGCGCAGAAGCGGCUGCGCAGAAGCGGCUGCGCAGAAGCGGCUGCGCAGAAGCGGCUGCGCAGAAGCGGCUGCAAGCGGCUGCGCAGGAACAGCUGCAAAGGAACAGCUGCGCAGGAACAGCUGCGCAGGAACAGCUGCGCAGGAACAGCUGCGCAGAAACAGCUGCGCAGGAACAGCUGCGCAGGAACAGCUGCGCAGGAACAGCUGCACAGGAACAGCUGCGCAGGAACAACUGCGCAGGAACAGCUGCGCAGGAACAGCUGCGCAGGAACAGCUGCGCAGGAACAGCUGCGCAGAAACAGCUGCGCAGGAACAGCUGCGCAGGAACAGCUGCGCAGGAACAGCUGCGCAGGAACAGCUGCGCAGAAACAGCUGCGCAGGAACGGCUGCGCAGCAACGGCUGCGCAGGAACGGCUGCGCAGGAACGGCUGCGCAGGAACGGCUGCGCAGAAACGGCUGCGCAGGAACGGCUGCGCAGAAACGGCUGCGCAGAAACGGCUGCGCAGAAACGGCUGCGCAGAAACGGCUGCGCAGGAACGGCUGCGCAGGAACGGCUGCGCAGAAACGGCUGCGCAGGAACGGCUGCGCAGGAACGGCUGCGCAGGAACGGCUUCGCAGGAACGGCUGCGCAGGAACGGCUGCGCAGAAACGGCUGCGCAGGAACGGCUGCGCAGGAACGGCUGCGCAGGAACGGCUGCGCAGGAACGGCUGCGGAGGAACGGCUGCGCAGUAACGGCUGCGCAGGAACGGCUGCGCAGUAACGGCUGCGCAGGAACGGCUGCGCAGGAACGGCUGCGCAGGAACGGCUGCGCAGGAACGGCUGCGCAGAAACGGCUGCGCAGAAGCGGCUGCGCAGAAGCGGCUGCGCAGAAGCGGCUGCGCAGAAGCGGCUGCGCAGAAGCGGCUGCGCAGAAGCGGCUGCGCAGAAGCGGCUGCGCAGAAGCGGCUGCGCAGAAGCGGCUGCGCAGAAGCGGCUGCGCAGAAGCGGCUGCGCAGAAGCGGCUGCGCAGGAACGGCUGCGCAGGAACGGCUGCGCAGGAACGGCUGCGCAGGAACGGCUGCGCAGGAACGGCUGCGCAGGAACGGCUGCGCAGGAACGGCUGCGCAGGAACGGCUGCGCAGGAACGGCUGCGCAGGAACGGCUGCGCAGGAACGGCUGCGCAGGAACGGCUGCGCAGGAACGGCUGCGCAGGAACGGCUGCGCAGGAACGGCUGCGCAGGAACGGCUGCGCAGGAACGGCUGCGCACUGCGCAGAAGCGGCAGCGCAGAAGCGGCUGCGCAGAAGCGGCUGCGCAGAAGCGGCUGCGCAGAAGCGGCUGCGCAGAAGCGGCUGCGCAGAAGCGGCUGCGCAGAAGCGGCUGCGCAGAAGCGGCUGCGCAGAAGCGGCUGCGCAGAAGCGGCUGCGCAGAAGCGGCUGCGCAGGAACGGCUGCGCAGGAACGGCUGCGCAGGAACGGCUUCGCAGGAACGGCUGCGCAGAAACGGCUGCGCAGAAACGGCUGCGCAGGAACGGCUGCGCAGGAACGGCUGCGCAGGAACGGCUGCGCACGAACGGCUGCGCAGGAACGGCUGCGCAGGAACGGCUGCGCAGGAACGGCUGCGCAGGAACGGCUGCGCAGGAACGGCUGCGCAGUAACGGCUGCGCAGGAACGGCUGCGCAGAAACGGCUGCGCAGGAACGGCUGCGCAGGAACGGCUGCGCAGAAACGGCUGCGCAGAAACGGCUGCGCAGAAACGGCUGCGCAGAAACGGCUGCGCACAAACGGCUGCGCAGAAGCGGCUGCGCAGAAGCGGCUGCGCAGAAGCGGCUGCGCAGAAGCGGCUGCGCAGAAGCGGCUGCGCAGAAACGGCUGCGCAGAAGCGGCUGCGCAGAAGCGGCUGCGCGGAAGCGGCUGCGCGGAAGCGGCUGCGCGGAAGCGGCUGCGCGGAAGCGGCUGCGCGGAAGCGGCUGCGCGGAAGCGGCUGCGCGGAAGCGGCUGCGCGGAAGCGGCUGCGCGGAAGCGGCUGCGCGGAAGCGGCUGCGCGGAAACGGCUGCGCGGAAACGGCUGCGCGGAAACGGCUGCGCGGGAACGGCUGCGCGGGAACGGCUGCGCAGGAACGGCUGCGCAUAAACGGCUGCGCAGAAACGGCUGCGCAGAAACGGCUGCGCAGAAACGGCUGCGCAGAAACGGCUGCGCAGGAACAGCUGCGCAGGAACAGCUGCGCAGGAACAGCUGCGCAGGAACAGCUGCGCAGAAACAGCUGCGCAGGAACAGCUGCGCAGGAACAGCUGCGCAGGAACAGCUGCGCAGGAACAGCUGCGCAGGAACAGCUGCGCAGGAACAGCUGCGCAGAAACAGCUGCGCAGAAACAGCUGCGCAGGAACAGCUGCGCAGGAACAGCUGCGCAGGAACAGGUGCGCAGGAACUGCUGCGCAGGAACUGCUGCGCAGGAACUGCUGCGCAGGAACGGCUGCGCAGGAACGGCUGCGCAGGAACGGCUGCGCAGGAACGUCUGCGCAGGAACGGCUGCGCAGGAACGGCUGCGCAGGAACGGCUGCGCAGGAACGGCUGCGCAGGAACGGCUGCGCAGGAACGGCUGCGCAGAAACGGCUGCGCAGUAACGGCUGCGCAGGAACGGCUGCGCAGGAACGGCUGCGCAGGAACGGCUGCGCAGGAACGGCUGCGCAGGAGCGGCUGCGCAGAAGCGGCUGCGCAGAAGCGGCUGCGCAGAAGCGGCUGCGCAGAAGCGGCUGCGCAGAAGCGGCUGCGCAGAAGCGGCUGCGCAGAAGCGGCUGCGCAGAAGCGGCUGCGCAGAAGCGGCUGCGCAGAAGCGGCUGCGCAGAAGCGGCUGCGCAGAAGCGGCUGCGCAGAAGCGGCUGCGCAGAAGCGGCUGCGCAGAAGCGGCUGCGCAGAAGCGGCUGCGCAGAAGCGGCUGCGCAGAAGCGGCUGCGCAGAAGCGGCUGCGCAGAAGCGGCUGCGCAGAAGCGGCUGCGCAGAAGCGGCUGCGCAGAAACGGCUGCGCAGAAACGGCUGCGCAGAAACGGCUAGGCAGAAACGGCUGCGCAGAAACGGCUGCGCAUAA